AUGCGCACGCACUCUAUUGCGACUAUGGGCGCCGAUGGCAUCGGCCCUGAAGUUGUCAAUGCUGGCGUACAAGUAUUGAAGAAGCUGGCACAACUUGACGGCAAAUUCGGACUGCACUUUGAAGACUACGACUGGAGUUCUGAGACCUAUAAGAAGACAGGCCAAUAUAUCCCUGAUGGAGGAUUAGAGAAGCUCAAAAAGCAUGAUGCGAUCCUGUUCGGUGCUGUAGGUGCCCCGGAUGUACCUGACCACAUCUCUCUCUGGGGCUUGCGGCUCGCGAUUUGCCAGACCCUCCAGCAAUAUGCGAACGUGCGACCCACCAAGAUCUUUCGGGGAACCUCAUCGCCUUUGCGCAACGCAGAGCAUGGCGACCUAGAUUGGGUUAUCGUACGAGAGAACUCUGAAGGUGAAUAUGCAGGGCAAGGAGGCCGGUCGCAUAGAGGCCAGAAGUGGGAGACUGCUACGGAGGUCUCCAUCUUCACCCGCCAUGGUGUAGAACGACUUAUACGCUUCGCCUUCGAAACAGCCCAAAGCAGGCCGAGGAAACAGAUCACAGUCGUUACUAAGAGCAACGCGCAGCGCAACGGCAUGGUUAUGUGGGAUGAGAUUGCUGCUGAAGUUGCGAAAGACUUUCCUGAUGUCAAGUGCGACAAGAUGCUCGUCGACGCCAUGACGUGCCGGAUGGUACUUGAUCCGAAAUCGUUGGACACGAUAGUUGCAACAAACUUGCAUGCGGAUAUUCUUUCCGAUCUCGCAGCCGCACUGGCAGGCUCCAUUGGCAUCGCUCCUACCAGCAACCUGGACCCCACACGCCAACAUCCAUCCAUGUUCGAACCGAUUCAUGGCUCGGCUUUCGACAUUACCGGCAAGGGUGUCGCAAACCCAGUCGGAACCUUUUGGACAGCGUCUGAGAUGCUUGCAUGGCUAGGCGAAGAGCAAGCGGCAAAGAGGUUGAUGGAAAGCGUCGAAGCUAUCACGGAGCGAGGCAUUGCCACGCGCGACCUGGGAGGCAAGGCGUCGACAAAGGAGGUUACUGACGCGGUCUGCGCUGAGCUAGAAAGCAUCUACGGUAAGAGUCAGUAG